AUGUCGAGUCAUAGACGUCUUGGUGGAGUUGCUGGUGGAAGGGAUCGAGCGGAUGGAAGGACGACGGUCGGAUCGAAGGAGGAUCGAUGGAUGGAGACCUGGACGGGAGCGCGUAAGAGUUGUAUCGUUGACGAUGGUACCGACGGCGAGCCGGGAAUAGGAAUUUCGACGCGCGAGUCUGAAGACGACUUCUGGCAGGAUUUGAUGGACAUUAGUGGACGAGUUCAUAUGGCGAAUCCACAAGAAGCGCAGGAGGACGCGCAAUCGGGCUAUAGUGUGAACUCGAACGGUACCAGUAGGCAACACUAA